AUGGCGCCAGCAACCCCAGCUUCAUUGCUGUUCUGGGCUUGUGUGAUCUUCGGCAGCUGCGAGGGUGGCGAGGACGUGGCUUCCGUGUCACCUUGCCGAGACUUCGACGACUUUCUGCCAGAUGAGAUACUACGCGAGUUCUGCAUCGUCCCAUCGCGUGUAGACAACGUGACCUGCAAAGGUCACGGCUGUAUCGUCAGCAAUGAUCUCGGUUCGUGGAGUUGCUCCUGCGAUCGAGAGGCCUCCUGCCUGGCGCUUGGCGGACGUUGGAAUCGCCAGACUUGUGCCCAGGAGCUGACGAUGAGAGUCGAAGACUUGGCCUGGCUCGAGGCUCUUAAGUUCGCGUUGGAGCGGGGUGGCCCUGGCUGUUCUGAGAUGACCUUGCGUGGAGAGAAGCUGGAGGAUUUGAUCCACGAGCAAAGCAGGAAAUGCUGCGCCUCCUUCCCUGCCAACGCCUGUUACCAGGAUGCUCGGAAGAUGUCGCCUUGCAGGAAUGAGGAAGACUUCCUGCCAGAGAAAAUGAUGUCUGAGAGCCAAAGCUGUGGUGCCAUUGUGUACGACUGGAGCCCGUCCGUCCACCGCAGCAUUGCCAAUGACUGUUUGGGGUAUGACAGGCACAGUACAGGCCGCACAUGCUGCGUUCGGGACCCGGUCUGCGAGACUCCGUACAUCUACUUCGAAGUUCUUGGGAGUCUGCUUUUGGGUUUGGGUGGAAUGGGAAUCCUCUUUGCGACCUGGCGCCUCCGCCUCCCGCAAGGAGCUCUUCCUUUGGAAGCCUCGGAUAAGGAGCUUCUGAAAACAGGGCUUCGCGGGGAUGGCGCGGCAUUGCACGAGAAGGUGCCGAAGGAGAACUGGUGCGUAAGCCGUGACGACCUGCGGCAGUUCCGCCGGCUUGUGAUGAACGCCGUUGCUCAAGGAUCCAUUCGGCCGACUGAUCGUGACCCCUUCGAGCCAUCAGACUUGACUAUAGGACCGUCCGUUUACACCAUCACCGAUCAGUUCAUCAAGCCCAUGUCGCAGCGUGCUGGCAAUAUGAGCUGGGCAUUGUUAAAGAAUCCCAAUGGUUUGCGCUGCGACGUGUUCGUCACCCACUGCUGGGCAGAGGGCAUCUACGAAUUCCUUGAUCGGGUGGAGCAUUCCUGGCCUGGAGGUGCACGUGGUGCAUACGCAUGUUUCUUAUCCAAUCCGCAAAACCUUGACAUUGCUUCCCUCAUCUCCAGCCCAAGCAUGUCGCCAUUCGCUGUGGCGUUGCGUGUAGCAUCUGACGUGCUCGUACUUCCGAACCAUGCGGUGAGCAUCUACGCGCGGCUUUGGUGUGUAUAUGAGGCAUUUCUCGCAUAUUCCUGGCAGAAGAACAUCAGGACAGCUACCAGGCAUCAUCAGCGCUGGAGUCGCAUUGCUCGCAUCAUGUGUUUGUGCCUUGCAGCCACAGGAGCAGCAGUAUUGCUGACGUUUGGAGAUGGCUUUGGCCCGCGCCUCCUGUUAUCAGGAGGUGUGGCAUUCGGCCUCCUGGUCACAAAUGGCAUCCUCAUGAGGCGGGGAUUCCAUGGAGCUUCGUUGCAGGCAUGCAACGCGUUCCUCUGUGCUGCUGGCAGUUGGACUCUUUCAGCUUUUCUGUUACUGCCCCUGCAAGAAACCAUUCCGCGGCCGGCGACAUCAGCUGCGCCCGCUGCUUGGAUCUGCUUCCUGGCUUUCUGCUGUGGUGCUGAAGUUGAUCGGAUGGCGACCGUGGAUGGAUCGCUGCGAAGUCUUUUCUUGGCAAGGAGCUUUAGCGGUAGGUUACUUGAGGCUGAAUGCUCAUCGCUCGAUGACAAAGCCAAGAUCCACGAAGAGCUUCUAAAGAGCGGCAAAGCGCAGGAUGUGGAACAGGCCGUGCAAGACUUGGUGCGCAUGAACACGUUUUCUUUGGAGCUGCGGCGUGCAGCGGAUUUGGCUGGACCGCUCGGCGACAUGUCCUACUUCGGCUGGCGCUGGGUCAUACUGGGGAUAUUUGUGUGGUGUUGCUUCCCCGUAAUGUAUAUGAUGGGAGAAGCGUGGAGCCAAGCACAUGUCUUCGGCAUCCCGAUGGUGAUACAAGGAGUCUUGUGGCUCUUGAUAUUCUGUACUUCGGCCGCGGACAGGCAAUGCUUUUCCUCAGCCACUUUACCAAUAUGGCUCUGUACAUCUCCGCUACUGUUCUUGGGCCAGCUUAUUGGGGUGGACACCUUUGUAGUGUUCUUCGGUUUAGGGUCCCUUUUGCUGGGCCCCUUCUGCCUCUGCCUGCUGCUUGCGGGUCCUCACCGUAUGGCCCGUGUCCCCGUCGUGGGGCCCCGGCUGGUGCAACUUUGCAUUGGACAUGGCCUUACCUUCAAUUUUCAGCAGCCAGGAGCUUCUGGAGCUUUAGCCCCUCCAGCAGACGUUGUCAUCAAAGAUGCAACGAUAUCUGUUUGA